UACGUCAUUUUGCAAUUAUUAUAAGCACAGAUGAAUGGUGACUGCAACCAAACGCCCAAGCCUUUCCCGCGGGAAAUGGACAGCAUUGCGUCACUAAGACUACCUACCUCUCUGCCCCCCCCCGCACAUCAUGUGUUCGAUAAAAGGCCUCAGAGAGAGGGAAUCAAUGGAAGUCUUUGCAUUGGCUGUGAUUUUGAUUGCUGGCCAGUGGAUCUUUUCUGCUAUCCGUGGUGAGUUUCGCAGUUGUUGCCAUAUAAAAUGCACAAAAAGAAUUUGAGAUGUUCCCGGUAACAUAGGAAGUUAGACACCUGCCUAUUGUUAGGGAGGCUGCUCAUGGAUUCAGUCAAAACAUCAUACAAUCUCAAUAAAAUUGCAAAUGAGAACCAGUGGGUCACACAUCAUAGAGAAGAAAUUUCUUGAGUUGGAAAAGCUACAGAUCUGCAUUGUUUCUUCGGAAGAUUUAUUUAUUUCAUUUCACGGCAACAAGUGAUUCAGAUGAUAUCUCAGCUUCUGAGAGUUGCAUUACUCUGCCAUCUACUCAUGCACAUUACGGCUUCUGCUGGAGACCAUGAGUUCACCUUCAAUGGAUUCAACAAUGCAAAUCUCAGCCUUGAUGGCGACACGAACUUGGCUGCUAAUGGGCUCUUGCAGCUCACCAAUGCAACACGACAAUCCAAGGGCCAGGCAUUCUACCCUUCACCGCUCCGCUUCAAGAUGUCUAAAUCCACUUCUGUUCUCUCCUUCUCCACCACUUUUGUAUUUGCCAUUGUCACUGAGUACCCUGGCUUCAGCAGCUAUGGUUUCACCUUCUGCAUCUCUCCAACCAUGGCGCUUCAUGGAGACUCAGGCCACUACAUGGGCCUUCUCAAUUCCACAAACAAUGGCCUUUCUUCAAAUCACAUAAUCGGUGUGGAGUUUGAUACAAUACAAACACAAGAAUUCCACGACAUUGAUGACAACCAUGUUGGUAUUGAUAUCCACAGUGAGAUUUCCAAUAGCUCUCACAGUGCAGGCUAUCAUACAAGUGACACUAAUGCAGAGUUUCAGAACAUGAGCCUUAGCAGUGGGCAGAGGAUGCAAGUAUGGAUAGAGUACGAUAGCAAAGCUCUUCAACUCAAUGUGACUUUAGCUCCAUUUCAGUUACCAAUGCCCAAACGCUCUCUCCUGUCAUUGGAUAUUGAUCUCUCCAGCCAUAUAUCCCAGGACAUGUAUGUAGGCUUCACUGCAUCCAAGGGUGAUGAUGUUACCACCCAUAGUAUUCUUGGUUGGAGUUUCAAUAUGGAUGGAAAUGCAACUGCUCUUGAUCUUGAGAGCUUGCCUUCACUCCCUAUUCGUAGCACCAAUAAGAAGGAGAAAUCCAAGACUUGGUUAAUCUGGCUUUCUGUAUCUGCAUUUCUAGGCUUGUUAACAGCAGCUUUGAUCACCAGGUAUAUGGUGGCAAGGAGAAGCAAGUUUGCAGAGGUACGAGAGGACUGGGAACAGGAAUAUGGUCCUCACCGUUUCUCAUAUAAAGAACUCUACCAAGCAACAGACGGCUUCAAGGAGGAAUACUUUCUUGGGUUUGGAGGCUUUGGUAGUGUCUACAAAGGAGUGUUACCAACCACCAAAGCAGAAGUUGCUGUCAAGAAAGUGUCCCAUGAAUCAAGGCAAGGAAUUAGGGAAUUUGUUGCAGAGGUUGUGAGCCUUGGCCAGCUCCGGCACCGAAAUUUGGUAAAUCUCUUAGGCUAUUGCCGCCGCAAAACAGAACUAAUCUUAGUCUAUGAAUUCAUGCCCAAUGGCAGUCUAGACAAGUAUCUAUUCAGCCAGACAACACCAUGUCUGGACUGGAAUCACAGAUUCAGAAUCAUCAAAGGAGUGGCUACAGGCCUUCUUUACUUGCAUGAAGAGUGGGUGAAGGUGGUAAUUCACAGAGAUAUCAAGGCUAGCAAUGUGUUGCUUGACAGUGAGUUCAAUGCCAGGCUUGGGGACUUUGGCCUUGCUAGAUUAUAUGACCAUGGAACUGAUUUUCAGACAACUCAUGUUAUGGGGACAAUGGGGUAUAUUGCUCCAGAGCUCACAAGGAGAGGCAGAGCAACAACAAGCAGUGAUGUGUUUGCGUUUGGAGUGUUCCUUCUUGAAGUUGCAUGUGGCCGGAGGCCGAUAGAACCCAAUGUAGAUGGAGAUGGAGAGGAUGUUGUUUUGGCUGAAUGGGUGUUGGAUAAUUGGAGAAGGGGAGACAUUCUUGCUUCCAGUGAUGGCAGUCUAGAUAAGCAGUAUGUGGUGGAAGAGAUGGAGCUGGUGCUGAAGCUGGGAUUGCUCUGUUGUCAUCCUAUGCCCACUUCCCGGCCAAGCAUGAGGCAAGCCAUGCAGAACCUCAAUGGGGAUUCUCCUUUUAUUGAAUUUUCACCAUUUUCAUUGAGUGCUGAUAUCUUGGAUUCCCAUGCAGAUGAAGGUUUUGAUAACUACCUGGUUUCUUUUCCAUCUUCAAUGUUUUCUCUUCUUUCUCGUGGUCGGUAAUGACAGUUUAAUCCUGGACAAGAAAGUGUUGUUAUUCUCUUGUAUUCUAGAUGAAGAGUUUGUAUUGCCGGGCCACCCGAACUAUUAAACUAGUGUGAAUAUUACCACCCAUGUAGCAGGGGAAUUAGUAUUUUUUUUUCUAACUCAAAAAUUGAAUAUUACCACCCAUCUAGAGUAGAGUUCUCCACUGUCAACUUUGUUGACCUGUACCCCUUGUUGGUGGCUUUCGUCUUCAUAGCUGUUUUAUCUUCUCGAUUUUUGUUUUCCUUAUUAUGUAUCUUGUAGUA